AUGUUGGAUACUAAUUUUGUGUUGGGGAAUGCCCAGAUAGUGGACUGGCCUAUCGUGUAUAGCAAUGACGGAUUUUGCAAGCUGUCUGGCUACCACAGGGCGGAAGUGAUGCAAAAAAGCAGCACCUGCAGUUUUAUGUACGGGGAGCUGACUGAUAAAGACACAAUUGAAAAGGUCCGGCAAACCUUUGAGAACUAUGAAAUGAAUUCCUUUGAAAUUUUGAUGUACAAGAAAAACAGGACACCUGUGUGGUUCUUUGUGAAAAUCGCUCCAAUUCGAAAUGAACAGGAUAAAGUGGUUUUAUUUCUUUGCACUUUCAGUGACAUAACAGCUUUCAAGCAGCCAAUCGAGGAUGAUUCAUGUAAAGGUUGGGGGAAGUUUGCUCGGCUGACCAGAGCACUCACGAGCAGCAGGGGUGUCCUGCAGCAGCUGGCCCCCAGUGUGCAGAAAGGCGAGAACGUCCACAAGCACUCACGCCUGGCAGAGGUCCUGCAGCUGGGCUCUGACAUCCUUCCCCAAUACAAGCAAGAGGCACCAAAGACUCCUCCUCACAUCAUCUUACAUUACUGUGUUUUUAAGACCACAUGGGAUUGGAUCAUCUUAAUCUUAACCUUCUACACAGCCAUCUUGGUCCCUUACAAUGUUUCCUUUAAAACGAGGCAGAACAACGUGGCCUGGCUGGUGGUGGACAGCAUUGUAGAUGUCAUCUUCUUAGUGGACAUUGUGCUGAAUUUUCAUACCACCUUUGUUGGACCAGCUGGGGAGGUGAUUUCUGACCCCAAACUCAUCCGCAUGAACUACUUGAAGACGUGGUUUGUGAUUGACCUUCUGUCCUGUUUGCCAUAUGAUGUCAUCAACGCUUUUGAGAACGUGGAUGAGGGCAUCAGCAGCCUGUUCAGCUCUCUCAAAGUCGUCCGGCUGCUCCGCCUGGGCCGGGUGGCCCGUAAGCUGGACCACUAUAUUGAAUACGGAGCUGCUGUGCUGGUGCUGCUGGUGUGUGUGUUCGGGCUGGCUGCUCACUGGAUGGCCUGCAUCUGGUACAGCAUCGGGGACUAUGAGAUCUUUGACGAGGACACCAAGACAAUCCGCAACAACAGCUGGCUUUACCAACUGGCCAUGGACAUUGGCACGCCAUACCAGUUUAAUGGGUCUGGCUCUGGGAAGUGGGAAGGUGGGCCCAGCAAGAAUUCCGUCUACAUCUCCUCCUUGUAUUUCACCAUGACCAGCCUCACCAGCGUGGGCUUUGGAAACAUAGCCCCAUCCACAGACAUUGAGAAGAUCUUUGCGGUGGCCAUCAUGAUGAUUGGAUCACUUCUCUAUGCCACCAUCUUUGGGAACGUGACAACCAUUUUCCAGCAGAUGUAUGCCAACACCAACAGGUACCAUGAGAUGCUCAACAGUGUUCGGGAUUUCCUGAAGCUCUACCAAGUGCCAAAGGGCUUGAGUGAGCGAGUCAUGGAUUACAUCGUGUCCACCUGGUCCAUGUCCAGAGGCAUUGAUACAGAGAAGGUCCUGCAGAUCUGUCCGAAAGACAUGCGAGCUGACAUCUGCGUGCACCUGAACCGCAAGGUGUUCAAGGAGCAUCCAGCCUUCCGGCUGGCCAGCGACGGCUGCCUGCGGGCCCUGGCCAUGGAGUUCCAGACUGUACACUGCGCCCCGGGGGACCUCAUCUACCACGCAGGCGAGAGCGUGGACAGCCUCUGCUUUGUGGUCUCCGGCUCCCUGGAGGUCAUCCAGGACGACGAGGUGGUGGCCAUCCUAGGGAAAGGAGAUGUGUUUGGAGAUGUGUUUUGGAAGGAAGCCACUCUUGCCCAGUCCUGUGCCAACGUUAGGGCCUUGACCUACUGUGACCUGCAUGUCAUCAAACGGGACGCCCUGCAGAAAGUCCUGGAAUUCUACACGGCCUUCUCCCACUCCUUCUCCCGGAACCUCAUUCUCACCUACAACUUGAGGAAGAGGAUCGUGUUCCGGAAGAUCAGCGACGUGAAGCGGGAGGAGGAAGAGCGGAGGAAACGCAAGAACGAGGCCCCCCUGAUCCUGCCCCCCGACCAUCCUGUGCGGCGUCUCUUCCAGCGCUUCCGACAGCAGAAGGAGGCCAGGUUAGCUGCGGAAAGAGGGGGGCGGGACCCGGAGGACCCGGAUGUGGAGAAGGGCAACGUCCUGGCAGAACAGGCCUCCGUCCAUCACAGCAUCGUGAAGGCCAGCGUCGUCACGGUCCGGGAGAGCCCCGCCACGCCCGUGGCCCUCCAGCCGGGCCCCGUCUCUGCAGCGGCACCUGAUCAUGCCAAGCUGCACGCGCCGGGCUCUGAGUGCCUGGGCCCCAAGGCGGGAGGGGGCGACUGUGCCAGGCGCAAAGGGUGGGCCCGCUUCAAAGAUUCGUGUGGCAAGGGGGAGGACUGGAACAAGGUCUCCAAGGCCGAGUCCAUGGAGACGCUCCCCGAGAGGACAAAGGUGUCAGGGGAGGCCACGCUGAAGAAGACGGACUCCUGCGACAGCGGCAUCACCAAGAGCGACUUGCGGCUGGACAACGCCGGCGAGGCCCGCAGCCCCCAGGACCGGAGCCCCAGCUUGGCCGAGGUCAAGCAUUCGUUCUACCCCAUCCCCGAGCAGACGCUGCAGGCCAUGGUGCUGGAGGUGAAGCACGAGCUGAAGGAGGACAUCCAGGCCCUGAGCACCCAGAUGACCAACGUGGAGAAGCAGCUCGCUGAGAUCCUCAGGAUCCUGGCCUCGAGGAGGUCCUCCCAGUCGCCACAGGAGCUGUUUGAACUCUCCCGACCCCAGUCCCCAGGGUCAGAGAGGGACAUGUUUGGAGCGAGCUGAGGGGCCUGUCACCCGAGGAAACCACUUCGUACAGGCAGAAGCCUACCAGUCUGCCCUAGACACCUCCACUCUCCACCACCAACUCCUUUCCAGUGGGACCACUCACUGGGCAUUCCUGCCUCCUCCUUCCGCCCACCCUCCUCUCUGGAAGAAGACACUUGCCACCCCCCAGCAAGCAACUACAGCUGAACUGUCUUGCACAAUUUUGGAGGAGGGGCAAGCUGUCCAAAGGGUUAUUUUCCUUCGUUUGUAGAAUUUUUUUUAACUACCAUGGUAUUUAUAAAAGCUCAGAGCACCUGAGGGCCUCUCAUGUACAUACCAUGCUGGGCAUCUCCGUCAAGACCCUUCUGACCUCACCAUAUAUUUUCCUACAGCAGUCAUUUGUACCAAGUCUGGGACAAGGUGGGCAUGGAGGGGCAAAGAGGAGAGAGUCCUCUCCACUUCAUGUCCCCAAUGACGGAGGCCAGAGAGCAGGUGCUGUGGGUGUCUCCCACACACCCAUCGAGCCGGGAAUCCUCAGGUGCCCUUGUGGUCCUGGGGCUCUCUGUUCAGUGCCCCCUCCCUGCCGUUGACCUCACCUACUCAUUUCUCUUCCUCCCCAGGGUUUCCGUGAAGAUCCUCAGGGUGUGGGGCAUUGGCAGGAAGGGUCAUGAGCCCAGAGUUGCUUUAUUAACAUACACACACACAAAACCUCAGAAACAAGCAGUUCGUCCAUAGCAUGGGGUCACUAGAGGAUGCAUGGAAUUCAUGCUUGGCAUUAUUAUUAACACAGCCUGUCUCUGACUGAAGUCAGUAGGGUUUCAAGAGAAGCCUAGAAAGGAUAGAGGGACCAUGGCUAGACCUCCUACAGGGGUUGGGACAGGAGAAUGAAGUGGCAGGCCCUCAUGGCAUCCCUGUGUGGGUGCCAGUGCUCUGAACUGUCCAGUAUCAAGCAAGCACCAGUUGGUGCAUGGACAGAGUUGUUUGUGACUCCACAGAUGGCAGGGCACAGUGCUGCCCAGCCCCACCAUCAGGAUCGAGGUCCAUAGGUGUGGCCACUAGGGUGUCAUCUUGCAGUGCUCCACUGGACACAAGUCUGCUAAGAUCCAUCGGGGUUUCAGUUGCUAGUUUGGGGAAAUAGUGUGUUUAUCUUAAUCUGCAAGUUCCACAGAAAGCUCAUCACCAUGGUGACCCUGCUGACAUUUCAAACAAUGGAGACAUAGCUGCCAGCAUCGCGGCAACAUGAAAGCCACCCCAGCAUGGCAAACUGACAGGUGGUGAGAGCAAGUAACUGAAAAGUCACUCGGUAUUGGAAUGAACAUUUAGACUUUAGAAAAAAUAUACGGAGAGAUGAUUGCUCUAAAGAGAUCUACACAC